AUGGAUAUUCAUGUUCUUCAAAGCCAGCCCGCCCAGAAGGUCGCGUUUAAAGACUCUUUCACGGUUCGUAUGGAUUUGGUCCGCGGCGGGUUCCAGCCGCGCCUUCCGACUUCGCUGCCGCCCCCAGGGCAGCAGCAGCAGCCGUCGCCGCUACCACGCCGACAGCCCGUCCCGUUGAUGCCUCCCGCGCAGCUUCAUCCGGGAGCGCCCCAGGUGGUCGCUCCGGCGCCUGCGGUCCCUCUUCAGUCGCCACCACCUUCGGAGCUGAUGGACGUCGACCCCUCAGCCGGGCCGCCUUCCCAAGCGGUGGCUGUGCAGCCUGUCCUGCAGCCGCUUUCCUUGGGCACCCCCAAGGAGUCUGACACCGCAGCGCCUUGUCCGGCGCCCACUCAGCAGCCGUCGACGCAGCGUCAGGAGUCGCUGCCUCUCUUCGUGGGUCCCGACGCCCCGUCGCGUCCAGUACCAGAAGCUGCGCCCGUGGCCACAGGCGUGCACCCUGACCUCGGUUUUCAGUCGGUGUUUCCCGAGGCCCCGCGCAGCCAAUGCUGGGGUGCGGACCGGGGACUGCCGCCGACAACAGUCUCCGCCCCGAGCAACCAUUGUAAAGUUUUUGCUGCCUGA